UGAAAUGCAGAACGGCGCAGAUCAUGACUGACGUACUGACCAAUGGCUGUGUUACGGAGGUGUUGACCGAGCUGUGUCCACUUUGUGAGGAGGACAUAUUCCGGCCUCGGGCUCUCCCGUGCUCCCAUAGAUUCUGCCUGGAGUGUCUUGACUCCUACAUCUUUCGGAAAACUUCAAACACAUCUGUCGCCCUCACUUGUCCAAAGUGUGAUAGAAUUGCAAGACCAGUGCGCCCGGACUCAGUUCGUGGAUUCUGGGCGGAGGAGUUCCCGGAAACAAACGUUCCGAAGAGCAAGGGUCUUGCCUUCGGCGUUCCCGCGUGUCUGCCGUGUCAGGAAAAAGGCGAUGACGUAGCAGCCUCUGAUUGGUGCCGGAACUGUAAGGUGUUAUUCUGUUCGUUCUGCCGAAAGUUCCAUGAUUCCAUCCACAGGCGUCACGUGGUGUUUGAUGUACGAGAAUACCAGCGCAGGGAGGCUUUCUUCAGAGGCAAGUCGUUCAUCUCAAAGAAAAAGGAGGAGAAAAACUUUAUCUGCAACUUCCGAUUUACUCGUGCAUGUAGCCUGACACGUUUGUUUCCAACAGCUUCCAUUGUUGGUAAAGGUGUGAGAUUCGAGUCUAUGGACCGUUAACGUAGCACGGAGUUAUCCAUUAGACCGUUAACGUAGCACGGAGUUAUCCACUAGACCGUUAACGUAGCACGGAUUUCUCCAUUAGACCGUUAACGUAUCACGGAGUUCUCCAAAAGACUUACUUUGUCCUCUCCAACAAUAUUCCAGUCAAUAGAUGAAAAUGAACCUUCGCUUUUGAAUAACACAUGGAUGGGACUUAUAUACUUCGUUAUUCGGAAAACAAGAAUGGUGUAAUUCGCUAUCUAGUGUGUACAUCAUCAGCUAUCUACACGUGUAUAUGAAAGUAUUAAAUGUUUGCAAUUAACAUAAUGAUGUUGUUUACAUAAU